AUGGUCGAGAGAUCGGAGUUCCAGCGCAAAGAACUAGAGUACCAACGGCAAAUCGGUGUCCUGGACGAUCGUGUAAAAGCCAAGACGAGAGAGGUUGCUGGCUGUCAGGCGUCGAUUCGUUUCAUGGAAGAGAGGCACGCGACUAUUCAGAAAGAGAAUAGAGACCUCUUCGAUCAAUGCGACCAGCUGAAUGAUCAAAUUGGUGAAGCGGAACGACGAUGCAUGGACAUCGGCGCAGCUCACGAUGGGUUGCUCGCCAAGGAUCGAUGCCAGAGCAGCACGCACCCUGGACACGAUCGCGUCGCGGAGCUGGAGGAAGAGAACGAUACACUGCUAGCGCAGCUGGCAGUGAUGCAGGGGAGAGUCGAGCGUGCCCAGGAGGAAGCGGGUGAAUGGCAAAGGCUAUUCCUACGGGAGUGCAACACCAGCAUCGAUAAACGGGACGCGAGUCGCGCCAACAGCCGUUCGAACUCUAGGACUGGGAGUCGCAUUGGCAAAGGAUUGUGUCCCGGUACACAGAAAGCCUCAACGCCAGUGCCAAUCGACGGCUACAGCAGUGCGUGCCCCAGCUAUGAGUGGGAUGACCAGGCGAAGCGACCACCCACGCAAGUAAAGCCGCGAUCGCCCACACCUGCAGGACCUGCUGGUGAGGACAGUAUGACUAAGCUAGCAGGACAGUUUCUCGGUGCCAUGACGCAAGCCAUCACCAGUCGGACACCAGGCAAUGGAGACACGCCCAUGAGACACUUGGCAGCCAGACAGUCCUCCAUCAACACCAAACUGCCCAUGUUCUCUGGUAGAGCUGAAGAGUGGCCUGCCUUCAUCAACCUGUAUCGGUCCAGCACCAACCAAUGUGGGUUCUCUGAUGCAGAGAAUGUGCAAAGACUACAAGUUGCCUUGAAAGGCCAGGCCAAGGAUGCUGUUCAACUGAUACUGGCAGUUCCUGAAAAUGUGGAAGAGGCCAUCCGCGCUCUGGAGCGGCGAUUUGGUCGACCAGAGCUAGUAGUGGAUGAAUUGAUUGGCAAGGCGCGCGCAUUCCGGCAGGUUAAGGCUGAUGACACCGAUGGCUUGUUGGCGUUCUCAACAGCAGUAAGCAAUGUAGUCACGACAAUGAAACUGAUGAAGAGUCCAGGCCAUAUGCUGAACCCAACGCUCCGGAGAGAGCUGACCGACAAGCUACCCGGUACGCUGAGGCUGCAGUGGGGCGAACACCUAAAUACCAACAGCCGGGCAGUCGACUCAGUGAGUCUUGAGACAUUCGCUACGUUGCUGUCGGCAAGAGCCGAUGCAGCGACCUUAGUCGCAACCACAAGGAUACCAGUGAACAAGCAGAGCAGUGGAACGUUCCACACAACGACAUCGGCAACCAGCAAGAGCGGCGUAUGCCUGAGAUGCCAUGGCGCUCACCACAUCAGCAGCUGUGGCAAGUUCAAAACCUUACCUGCCCGGAAGAGGUGGGACCUGGUGUUUCUGCUGGAGCUCUGCUCGUGCUGCCUAGAUCAAGCUCACUGGAAGGCUGACUGCCAGGCAAGUAGCUGCAGCAAAUGUUCAGCCCGACACCAUGUGUUGCUACACACAGACCGUGUGGACCGGAAACAGGGCACACCGAAGCAGCAAGAUAAAGAAAAGCCUCGGUCUGCUCCCCAUUCUAGUGGCAAGACAGCCCAGAAGCCAGUCAUACACUUCGUGAAUCCAUCAUCGGAGCUGAUCACUCCCAGCACCACCGUCUCGUUUAUGACAGUGCCAGUGGUGCUUAAGAGAAACGGACGAGAGUACAGAGGAACAGCCCUGAUGGAUCCUGCAUCAUCAGACAGUUUCGUCUCAGAAGAAGUUGCCAAUGAGUUGGGCGCAGACGGUGAAUUGCAACCCCUCCGCUCUAAUGUUCUGGCUGGACAGAAUGUGAGUCGCCAAUCCAAAGAAGUACAUAUCACCAUGGCCAGCGAAGACGGAACAUACAGCACUGACCUUGCGGCAUGGACUCUCCCAGCAGUCUCGCCGUCACUGAGAGUCGACUCCAACUCGAUGCUCCUGCAAGAAUACGCCCACCUACAGGACAUUCCAUUUCCAACAUUACCGACAGAGCAAGUGGAUGUGCUUAUUGGAUUGAAUGUCCCAGGCGCUCACCGUGUUCUACAAGAAAUUGUCGGCCAAGAGUCAAAUGAUCCAAUAGCUCGCAAGCUGCCAGUUGGAUGGGUAUGCUUCGGGCCCAUGAAGCAGCAGCAACAGCAGCAGCAGCAGCAGCCAAUGGCAACCCAUUUCAACAGUGCCAACUUAGAGAAUGUCGUGCGACAGCUGUGGGAGGCAGAAUCAAUGACGAACACCAACGACAAGGAGUAUCUAACACCAGCUGAGAAGGAAGCUGAAACCAUGACAGCAGCAACAUUGCGCUGCGACAACGGGCGGUUUGAAGUCGGCAUUCCAUGGAAACAUCCAGACGGCCCGACAGUGCACAACAAUCGGCCGAUGGCAGAACGCCGGCUAGUAUCACUGGAGAGGUCACUGAACAAACAACCAGACGUGCUCUCAGCGUACUGUGAGGCGAUGCAAAAGAAUAUCGACAAGGGUUACGUUCAGGAGGUGUCAGACAGCAGAGUCGCUACAGACGCCAAUGACCAGUGGUAUCUACCACAUUUCGCCGUGGUGAAGGAAGAUCGCCAAACUACCAAUGUGCGUAUCGUCUUCGAUGCAGCAGCACGCUGGAAGGGCAGCAGCUUGAAUGAUGAAAUGCUGACAGGCCCAAAGCUACAGACAAACCUGGUUCAUGUGCUCCUACGCUUCUGCUCAGAACCGAUCGCACUCGCUGGUGACAUUAGUGAAAUGUUUCUGCAAGUCAACCUCCGUCCGGAAGAUUGUCGCUACACACGGUUCUUGUGGCGCAAAUCACCAGACUCAAAACCGAGCGUGUUUGAGUUUAACCGUCUUGUGUUCGGUCUCAAGGCAUCACCGUAUCUCGCGGGCAAAGUGCUCAAGGAGACAGCGAGAAAGUUCAAGUCAUCAGCAGAGGGCAGUGUCAAUGUAGCGUCGAUAGUCGACAACAGCUUCUACGUGGAUGACAUGCUGCAUUCAUUUCCGGACAUCCAGACAGCGACAAACGCCCGCCGGGGAGUUACUGAUGUCCUCAAAGGGGGAGGCUUCCAUAUUCGAAAAAGGCUCAGCAACUCAGCGGAAGUGUUGGACACCAUCCCAGAAGUCGACCGAGCAGCAGAGGUUGUCGUCAACUUACGAGAUCAAGCUGAUAGCUUUCUCCCAACCUCCAAGGCCCUGGGCAUCACUUGGCUAGCGAAAGAGGAUGAGUUCGCAUUCCGCUAUCCCCAGCCAGAGCCGAUUGACGAGCUGACAAAACGAGUAGUAUUGCGUGAGACAGCCUCAAUCUUCGACCCACGUGGACAACUGACGCCGUUCACCAUACGACCGCGCAUGAUGUUUCAGGAAGCCUGCAUACGCGGCCAUGGUUGGGACGACGUGCUGAGUGCUGAUGAACAGAAGCGUUGGAAGAAGUGGUUCUCCGAGCUGCCAGACCUGUCUGCUAUCCGUAUUGACCGUUGCUUCAAGCCCAAGGAUGCAGAAGACGUCAAGACUAAAGUACAUGUCUUUGUUAAUGCGUCUGAUGCCGCCAUUGCCGCCGUGGCUUAUGUGAGCACCAUCCAUUCAACUGGAGUGAAGACCACACUCGCUAUUAGCAAGGCGCGACUGGCGCCCACCAAGAAGGUGUCCAUACCGAAGAUGGAGCUGAAGGCAGCAGUGUUGGGUGUGCAAGUCAGCAAAGAAGUGUCUUCAGCCCUCGGCAUUCCCAUGCAGGACCACGUCUUCUGGACGGACAGCAUGAAUGUCCUGUACUGGGUGCGAUCCCACAGCCGGCGAUUUACCACCGACGUCGGGGUGAAGAUUGGUGAGAUCCAAACGGCAACAUCAAGUCACCAGUGGAGGCAUGUGCCUGGGAAGGUCAACCCUGCCAACUACCCGACCAGAGGCAUGGCUGCAAAGGACCUCGCUGAUUGUGCAGCCUGGUGGCAUGGACCACAGUUUCUACAGCAAGUAGAGUCCCAGUGGCCUGCUCUGCGCAUAGUCGUUCCGGAGAAGCUGCCAAAUGAGACCAAACGCAGCCAGAUUACGACCCACUUAGCAGCAACUGAAGGUGCUUGUCGACUAGAGCCGAGUCAGUAUUCCUCAUGGACGCGACUUGUGAGGAUAACAGCAUGGUGUCGGCGAGCCCUGCGGCGCAGCAAGAGUGGCUCGACUGAUCAGACAGGUGUUGAUGUCACACUUGGCAAUGGCAAGACCGUGCUGGUACAGGAACUUACACCAUCAGAGUUAGAGGAUGCCCGACACGUGUGGAUCCGCGAGGCCCAGAAGGACGCGUAUGGUAGCACCUACAAUGUGCUCAAGAAGGGCAGGAAAGUCACAACUGGGCCGCUCAUCUCACUGCAGCCCAUGAUGUCAACAGGUACCACCCAAGUCAUGAAAGUUGGAGGCCGACUGAAUGGAGCUCAGCACCUGUCGGAGACAGCCAGAAGUCCGACAAUCCUGCCCCGGCAUCAUCGAGUGACAGAGUUGAUCAUCGAUGAGGAAGAUCGGAGAUGUAGCCAUGCCGUGGGCACAAAUCACCUCCUCGCCAACUUGAGUACCAUCUACUAG